ACCGGCAGCAGCGGCGGCGGCGGCGGCGGCGGCGGCAGCCCGGCAGCAGAAAGAAGUCAAGGCAAACCUCUAGGUUCAGUCUUUAGUAACGGCAGCCUCAGUGAAAAGCCCAGCAAGGGAGAAGAGUUGAGAGAUUUCCUUUUACGUUUCUUUUCUUUUCUUUUUUUGGAGAGAUUUUUUUUUUGUUGUUGUGUUGUUUUUUUUCCUCCCCAUUUUGUUUGCAUCCAGAGGAUGGCAGGCUGCGGGCUAUCGGAAGAUGCCUUCUUCUCUUUCUUUUACAACUACAGCUCCUCCUGGGAAACCUCCUACAACCAGUCUGACCUACUCAUUGCUGGAUCAUCAUCCACGUCCCACCCCUUAACUUGUGCUGCUCUUGUUGGUGAAGACCAGCCUCUUUGCCCAGAUCUUCCAGAACUUGACCUCUCUGAGCUAGACGUGAAUGACUUGGAUGCAGACGGCUUCCUAGGUGGACUCAAAUGGUGUAGUGACCAAUCAGAAAUCAUUUCCAAUCAGUACAGCAAUGAAUCUUCAAAUAUAUUUGAGAAGAUAGACGAAGAGAAUGAAGCUAACUUGCUAGCAGUUCUCACAGAAACAUUGGACAGUCUCCCUGUGGAUGAGGAUGGAUUGCCCUCAUUUGAUGCACUGACAGAUGGAGAUGUGACCAAUGACAAUGAUGCUAGCCCUUCGCCUAUGCCCGACGGCACCCCUCCAACUCAGGAGGCAGAAGAGCCGUCUCUACUUAAGAAGCUCUUACUGGCUCCAGCCAACACUCAGCUAAGUUAUAAUGAAUGCAGUGGUCUCAGUACUCAGAAUCAUGCAAAUACUAAUCAUAGGAUCAGGACAAACCCUGCGGUUGUUAAGACCGAGAAUUCAUGGAGCAAUAAAGCGAAGAGCAUUUGUCAACAGCAGAAGCCACAAAGGCGUCCCUGCUCAGAGCUUCUCAAGUAUCUGACUACAAAUGAUGACCCUCCUCAGACCAAACCAACAGAGAGCAGGAACAGCAACAAAGACAAAUGCCCUUCCAAAAAGAAGCCCCAUCUCCAGUCUCAGCCGCAUCAUUUGCAAGCCAAACCAACAAGUUUAUCACUUCCUUUGACACCCGAGUCACCAAAUGAUCCCAAGGGUUCCCCAUUUGAGAACAAGACUAUUGAAAGAACCUUAAGUGUGGAACUCUCUGGAACUGCAGGCCUAACUCCACCUACGACUCCUCCUCAUAAAGCUAAUCAAGAUAAUCCUUUUAGGACUUCUCCAAAGCAGAAGUCAUCCUGUAAAACCAGUGUGCCACCUUCAAAGAAACCCCGCUAUAGCGAAUCUUCGGGUACCCAAGUAAAUAAUCCCAUUAAGAAAGGUCCGGAACAAUCGGAGCUGUACGCUCAGCUCAGCAAGACUUCAGUACUAUCCAGCGGACACGAGGAGAGAAAGGCGAAACGGCCUAGUUUACGGCUAUUUGGCGACCAUGACUACUGUCAGUCAAUUAAUGCAAAAACUGAAAUCCGCGUUAAUUUAUCGCAGGAGCUCCAGGACUCUAGACAACUAGACUUUAAAGAUGCCUCCCCUGGAUGUCAGGGGCAGACUCAUUCUUCCACAGAUUCAGACCAGUGCUACACAAGAGAGACUUUUCAGGCGAGCAAGCAGGGUUCCCCAUGCGGCCACAGAAAACAGCUCCAAGACCAGGAAAUCCGGGCUGAGCUGAACAAGCACUUUGGUCAUCCCAGUCAAGCUGUUUUUGAUGAUGAAGCAGACAAGACCAGUGAACUGAGGAACAGUGAUUUUAGUAACGAACAAUUCUCCAAACUACCUAUGUUUAUAAAUUCAGGACUAGCUAUGGAUGGUCUGUUUGAUGACAGUGAAGAUGAAAGUGAUAAACUCAGUUACCCUUGGGAUGGGACACAAUCCUAUUCAUUGUUUGAUAUAUCACCUUCUUGCUCUUCUUUUAAUUCUCCAUGUAGAGAUUCAGUGUCUCCACCCAAAUCCUUAUUUUCUCAAAGAUCCCAAAGGAUACAUUCUAGAUCAAGGUCCUUUUCUCGACACAGGUCAUGUUCCCGAUCUCCAUAUUCCAGGUCAAGAUCAAGGUCACCAGGCAGCAGAUCUUCUUCAAGAUCUUGUUACUACUAUGAGUCCAGCCACUGCAGACACCGGGGACACCGCAGUUCUCCCUUAUACGCAAGGUCACGCUCCAGAUCGCCCUACGGUCGUAGGCCCAGGUAUGACAGCUAUGAAGAAUAUCAGCACGAAAAGCUGAAGAGGGAAGAGUACCGCAAAGAGUAUGAGAAACGGGAGUCUGAAAGGGCCAAGCAAAGAGAGAGGCAAAGGCAGAAGGCAAUUGAAGAGCGUCGUGUGAUUUAUGUUGGAAAAAUCAGAGCUGACACCACCCGGACAGAACUAAGGGACCGUUUUGAAGUUUUUGGUGAAAUUGAGGAGUGCACAGUAAAUCUGCGGGAUGAUGGAGACAGCUAUGGUUUCAUCACCUACCGCUAUACUUGUGAUGCUUUUGCUGCUCUUGAAAAUGGAUACACUUUGCGCAGGUCGAAUGAACCCGACUUUGAGCUGUACUUUUGUGGACGCAAGCAAUAUUUCAAGUCUAACUAUGCAGACCUAGAUUCACACUCGGAUGAUUUCGACCCUGCUUCCACCAAGAGCAAAUAUGAUUCUCUGGAUUUUGAUAGUUUACUGAAAGAGGCCCAGAGAAGUCUCCGCAGGUAACAAGCCCAGAGGCUGAGGAUAAUGGAGGGAUGGUGAAUACCUCACAGGACAUCACGUCCUUCAAUACGGACUCUUGAAAGUCAUACUAAGGAGUUUAUCCUACUUUACACUCUCUGUACAAAAAUUAAAAAAAAAAAACAAAAAAACAAACAAAAAAAAAAGGUUUACAUGAACACGGCUGCUCAUGAGGGAAGAGGCCAAAGGGACAUCCAGUAAGCACAUGUUUAUCCAUGGGGGUUAGCUUUGCUUUCCUGGGAUGACAGUGGAGGUGGUUGUGGUGUUUUGUGUGUGUGUGUGUGUGUGUGUGUGU